CCAUUCACGUCAUUUGGUUGCGUCUUGGCAUGUUUAAUGUUGCCAUUAACGCAAGUACAGGUCGAGCUGCAAUUAGUUCAUUGAAAACUCACUCGCUCUAGGUGCAGUCGGGCGGCAACGGCUUUCAGCAUUUUACUGCAAAUUGUUACGAUCGCCUAUAGAGCUGCAACAAUGCCUAAGAGAAAGGCUGCGGGUCAAGGUACUGUGAACCAGGAGCCAAAGAGAAGAUCUGCCAGACUAUCUGCUAUGUCUGUGCCUGUUACACCUGAGUUGAAGCCCAAAAGAACAUCAACUCCAAGGAAAAUGAAGACAAAAAGUGACACGAUGGAAGAAAACAGAGAUGCAACUGCCAAACCAAUAGCAGAAACAAAACAAGAAGAAAUUAUAAGAGAAGAAUACAACAGUGAAAAUGCUGAAAAUGGGGAAAGCAAAAUUAUAGAGGCCCCUACUUCUGAAAUUGAGGACAGAAAGGAGGAAACCACUGAAAAUAUUGAAAAGGGAGGAGAAAAGGAAGAAGUAGUGGUUGUAGAAGAAAAAGAAAAUGAAAAAGAAGAUCAGAAAGUAAUUGGAGAACAUCAAAACAAGGAAAAAGAGAAAGGAGAAGAUGGGAAAGAAGACAGUGGUGAAAAAAGGAAAGAAGAUGGAAAAUAUGAAGAUGAAAAAGAGAAAGAAGAAGUAGAAGCUGAAGUAGACAAAGAAGAGAAAGGAAUUGAAAAGGAGGAUGAAGAUGGGAAAUAUAAAGAAGAUAGUGAAGAAGAUAAAAAAGAGAUAGGAAAUAUAAAGCAGGAGGAUGACAGAAUAAUGGAAGGAGAUAUAAAGGGCAAUGAAGAUGGAAUAGAAGGGGAAGAUAAAAAAGAGGACAAAGAUCCAAAAGAGGAAGAAUAUGUAAAAGAAGAACAUAGAAUAGGAGAUGGGCAAGACGAAGGAAAUGAAAAGAAAUAUGAAAACAUAGCUGAAGCUAGAAAAGAUGUCAAAGAAGAAGUCAAUAAUGAAGAUGAAAAACAAGAGCAGUCUCAGAGUAUUGUUUAAUGGCUCCCUAUAUAGUUACAUAAUUUGGUAAUAUGUACCUUCAUGUCGUAAUGUUAAUAAAGAUGAAUAUUUUUAUCAAAUAUUUUAUAAAACAGCUUUUCUUUAACACCAAUUUUAUUUCAGAAUAUCAAUUCUUUAGAAACUUUAUGAUUAUCAUAAUGUAAUAUAUAGAAAAUAUACUUUCAACUUUGUCAGUGAAUUCCAUUUGGUAUAAGUUUUGUGCUAAGUCUUUGGAUUUUAAUUUGAAUUCUGUAUGUGAUAAUUUCACAAAAUGAAGAGAUCUCAAAAGAAAAUUUCCUACAACAUUCUAUGGUUCUGUAUGUUGCUUUUAUAAAGAAGGUGAAUUAUUUUCAUGUAAUGCUAAAGGUUAGAAUUAUCUUUACCAAAUAUAACUUCAUUGUAGCUGGGAAAUUUUAAAUUUUAACUCCAAUUUCAAAAGAAAUACAAAUGUUUACUUCCAAGUGGCAAUUUUUAUUAUAUGUGUAUCCAUAAAAAUGUUACUACUUUUACUGGCUUUAUCUUAAUAAAAAAGACUCUUUCAAAAAUCUUUGUAGAUUGUUAUAUCUCCAAAUAUGUAGUUAAUGAAAUAUCAAUAUUUUGUUGUUUCUUUGUGAUACAGUACCACUAAAAUAGUUUGUAUUGAAAUAAAUUUGACACAGAAAAA